AUGGUAGAAUCCGACAAACUACGCAUACUAGUGGUCGGGGCAGGCGUUGCCGGUCUAGCUGUGGCAAUAGCUCUCAAGAAACACGAGGGUGUCGAUGUACAGAUCUAUGAGAGAGCGACACAGCUGCAAGAGAUUGGUGCAAGUAUAGCUUUGGGACCCAAUGGCAUGAGAACGCUAGAGAAACUUGGUGUACUGGAAGCACUUGACGAUGAGGUUGCUUUUCGAAAAAGCUCUGGAUAUCCCAUAAUAUACCGACACUGGAAGACGAACGAAGUGGUAUCUGUUGACAAGCACCACGGAGAGAUCGAGUACCGACAUCGAACUUCAAGAUUCUAUCGAGCACAUUUGCAGCAAGCACUUCUGGCCCACGUCGAUACGGCACAUAUACAUUUGGGCAAGGCUUUCGCCUCCGUGUGCGAAGCCAUGAACACAGACGACCUGACAAUUUCCUUCGACGACGGCUCAACAGUGUCGGCCGACAUCCUCCUCGGGGCCGAUGGCAUACGCUCAGCAGUCCGACGAUCCUUCGUCCCCCACUCGGCGCCCAAGUGGACAGGCUGGGGAGCUUUCCGCUCAGUGUUCGACGCAAAGCUUGUCGAGCAUAUCGAUGGUGUCCUUGACGAGGCGUGCCACUGGUGGGGUCCAGACCGAACAUUUUUCGCUUCGAGACUAGGCAAAGACUUGUUCACGAUUGUCGAUGCGUCGUGGAACUCAGAAGGUAAUCUCCAGAUCCUCAAGGAUUACUAUAAGGACUGGCACCCUGCGAUCCGGCAGAUGAUCGAUGCUUCGCCGUAUACGAAGCUCUACCCGAAUACAUUUGCUUCGAGUCUUGACACUUGGAUACACGGAAAUGGACGAGUCACCUUUGCUGGCGAUGCAGCCCAUGCUCAUGGAGGAGCCUUUGCAGCGGGUGGUUCGCUGGCAUUGGAUGAUGCUUACGCUUUUGCGUUGGCUAUAACUCAUUUCUGUCCUUCCGGUUCCUCGAAACCAUCAAAGUCGACCAUCACAGGGGCUUUGCGUCUAUAA